AUGAACUUUGAACAAUUCCUUUACGAAGCCCUCAAGCACCAACAGUUUUUCAAGCUUGGGGAGAUUAUCAGAAAUAUUUAUCAAGAUAUAGAGCCUUCGGAUCAAAAGUUGUUCUUGUUCAUUCACUUAGACGAGAUUCAGAAAAUCGUGAGUUCCGAUUGGCAUGGUCCUAAUGAACGAAAGAAACCCAGCCUUCCAGGAAAAAACCUUUCUGCUCAAGAUCCUCCCACGGAAUCUGGAUUAUCCCUACUCAAAGAUAUUCUUGGAACUUACGUGCAGACGUUCGUAUCUGGAACGGCGCGAAGAGCCGUAGUUGAAGCGGCAGAGCCCACAGGUUACCAUAUCCAUCCCCUGAGCUGUAUUACCAUGGCAUCUCGCAUGGAAAUCAUUGAGUAUUUCAUGGAUACAUAUAUUAAAGAUUCUAUAUGGAAGAAGAAACUUUGGAUUUUUGAGCUACUACUACUAUCUGAUACUGGCGGCCUGCCGCGUGCAAUCCAGUACUUAUUGGACGAAUUUUUCGGGACCUAUUUCCAAUCUAUUAAAGAGUUUUGUCAAACUCUUUCACUAGCUGACUAUAAAAAUGAUAUCUUCCCACAAGUAGCAACCAGGCUCAACACACAAUACCAUGUUAAAAAUUUUGCAUAUCAUAAUCAAAAACUCGUUUCCCAGCUCAUUUACCAAUGUAUCAACUCAACUCCAUUUGAUAGGAGAGAGUGGCCAAGUAGUAACCCUUCCAGAACUUAUGAAGACCUAGAACAGGAAACACAUGUGAUUCUGGUGAAUCACAAUGCGUUCAAUGGAGACACAAGAGUGAAAAUUGAAAUCCUAUUUUUCUUCAUUUAUUUGUACAACAAGGUGACUCAACAAAUCAAUGGCACCUUAGUAAUAUCCCAUAACAUUCUGUUGGCAAGAACAAAUGUAAGGGACUUUGAGAGUGAUCAGUUGUUAGUUGUUGCAGCAUCUCUAACACCAGUUUACAGUUAG